CUCCCCCUCCCCUCCUCAGCCGCGCGGAGCUGCACUUCACUAGUUUCUGAGCUUCAUCCGCGCCGAUUGGAGAGCGUCCUAUCGAGCAUUUAAAGCUGGCCUAAGUGCAUGAAGACACUCUGGUCCAAUAAUGGAGGCCUGGCCAACAGUGGCCUGGGUCCUGCUGCUGACCACCAUCACUGACUGGGUGAAAACUGCGCAGUCACGGGACUUCACCAUGAAGGAUAUCAUCCUGCUGCACCCCUCAACUACACCUUACCCUGGCGGAUUCAAGUGCUUCACAUGCCAAGAUGCUAUAGAUAACUACGACUGCAACCGUUGGGCCCCGGACGUGUACUGUCCAAAAGAUACUAAAUACUGCUCCACCCUCCACAUGAUGGAUAGAAGUGGGGAAAGCGUGUCUGUGACCAAGCGCUGUGCCACCUUGGAGGAGUGUCUGUUCACUGGCUGUGCUGACGUUGCCGAUACUGGCUACCAGGUGUGCUCUUCCUGCUGUGAGGGGAACAUCUGCAACGUGUUGGUGCCCAGAAAUGACAGCAGUGCCAUUUUCUCCUCCAUUUCUCCUUUGGUUAGUUUGAGCGGGAGUCUUCAUUCUAGGGCGCUGUGCUACAUCAUCACCAUCAUUGUUGUCAUCUUCACAGCUGGACGUGUUUGAGACAUCAUUUAAGAAAACGCGUAGAAAGAGAACAGCUGGUAUGUGUAGCGGCAGAACUGGGACCUGUGUUGGCUGCGUGUUUCAGUAACUGAAGGUUUAAAGACAUUUUUAUAUGUAAGACAACUGAUUCAACUUUGGUUUCCUUUCUUUUCCACUUUUUUAAUAGUCGAUCUGCAUUACUGUGUUUUCUGUUAUAUUUAUAAUGUUACUUUGUAUAUAGCUCAUAAUAAACAUUGCCAAAGUUUCAAAUAA